AUGCUAGCCUUUUCACCAAGAUGGCACCGAAAGCGAAGAAGGGAGCUCCGGCCCCUCCUAAAGCCCAAGACACUGCGGCUCCGGAGACAACCCAAAUACCUUCGGAAGAGUGACCCGAGGAGAAACAAGCUUGAUCACUAUGCUAUCAUCAAGUUCCCCCUGACCACUGAGUCAGCCAUGAAAAUAGAAGAAAACAACACACUUGUGUUCAUUAUGGAUGUCAAGGCCAACAAGCAUCAGAUCAAACAGGCUGUGAAGAAGCUCUAUGACAUUGAUGGAGCUAAGGUCAAUACCCUGAUCAGACCUGAUGGAGACAAGAAAGCUUAUGUUCGACUGGCUCCUGAUUAUAAUGCCUUAGAUGUUGCCAACAAAAUUGGAAUCAUCUAAACUAAGUCCAGCUGGCUAAUUAUAAAUAUACAC